AUGGUCUUGGAAACAGUCCCCGAAGACAUCACGACGUGGGAAUGGGUCUUUGAGACGAAGGAGUUCUCGCCGCUGUACAAGACGCCCCGGGAGCCGCUGGCCGGGUAUGUCAAUGCCGUCACCAAGGAACGCCUGGAUUGGGCGGCCGUCAAGACCGCGGCCACUCAACUGAGCACCGCCUGGGUCAAGGAGUAUGGAUUCCAGCCCGGCGAGACGAUCUCGCUGUUCAGCACCAACACCAUCUGGUACCCGAUUGCCAUGUGGGCUGUUAUCCGGGCAGGUGGAAGAGUCAACGGCGCCUCUCCGGCCUACACGGCCGAGGAGAUGACCUACGCCCUGAAGAUCGCAAAGUCUAGGUUUCUUGUGACGCUGCCCACGUCCCUGGACGUGGCAUUGGCGGCGGCUCGAAACGUCGGCAUCCCGCGCCACCACGUCUUCCUGCUGGAAGGCAAGGCGGAGGGCUGCAUCAGCAUCCAAGAUCUCAUGAGGCGCGGCGAGAAGUAUACUCCCGAUCCGCCGUACCGGGUACCACGAGGCAAGACGAACAAGGACGUCUGCGGGUAUUUGAAUUUUAGCAGUGGGACGACGGGGCUGCCAAAGGCUGUCAGUACUUACAACCGAUGCUGGGUCAUGCUCUCGCACCACAACAUCAUCGCACAGUGCCACCAGCUCAGACAGAUCCAGGCCCCCGGCCGGUACAAGAUCCUGGCCGUCAUGCCGCUGUUCCACAUUACGGGCCUGGUGAGGUUCUGCACGUACCCGAUCUUCAUGAACGGAGACAGUGUCAUGCUCCCCGCCUUCACCAUGGAGUCCAUGCUCCGCGCCAUCUGCGAAUUCAAAAUCCAAGAACUCAUCCUUGUCCCGCCCAUCAUCAUCCGCCUCGUCCGAGACAAGAUCGUCGACGACUUCGACCUCCGCCACGUGGACCGUUGGUCGUCGGGCUCGGCCCCCAUCUCGCCGGAGAUCAUAGCGUUGCUGCAGAAGAAGUUUCCCUGGACGGGCUUCCGGCAGGGUUACGGGGCUACAGAGUCGACGGCGUGCAUUUCGGCACAUCCGCCUUCGCACUACGACUACAAGUACGCGACCACGGGGGGGAUGUUGGUCGCGAACACGGAAGCCAAAGUGAUUGAUCUGACGACGGGGAAAGAACUGGGCGUGGGCGAGACGGGGGAGAUUCUCGCCAGGGGACCCCAGAUCGCGAUGGGAUACCUGGACAACCCGGCCGCCUCGGCGGAGACGUUCGACCAGGACGGCUACUUCCACACGGGGGACGUGGGCCACUUUGACGCCGAAGGGCUGAUCCACAUCGAGGACCGCAUCAAGGAGAUGAUCAAGGUCAAGGGCCUCCAGGUGCCGCCGGCCGAGCUGGAGGAUCUGCUGCUGGGACACCCCGAGGUCGAGGACUGCGCGGUGCUGGGCAUCCCCGACGAGUACUCGGGCGAGAAGCCCAAGGCGUACGUGGUGCUGAAGGCCGGCGUGCGCGAGAGCGACGAGGUGGGCAAGCGCCUGCUGCAGUUCGUCCGCGAGCGCAAGGUGCGGUACAAGUGGCUUGUCGAGAUCGAGUUCACGCAGCAGGUACCCAAGAGCCCGACGGGCAAGCUGCUGCGCCGCAUCCUGAAGGUCAAGGACAAAGAAGGCAAGGACCGAGGGCUGAGGGUCAGGGACGAGCCGGAGCGGGCGAGGCUGUAAUGGGAGAUGGGAGGUGAUUUUUGGGUUGUCGUAUUU